AUGUGGAUGUUUUCUUGGCUUUGUGCCAUUUUAAUUAUGCUGGUUAUUGCUGAUAUGGACACAAUCGCAAAGACCACACAAUAUACCAAGUUUAUGAAGAAAUCUAAGGGAAAAGAGAUGCUGAAGGGUCUAAAGUGGUCCAGCGGUCCACCUCUGAAAGAAGAACCCGGUAUCACUGAAAUGGCUGAAAUGGCAGAACCAACCACAGAACCGUUGGCCUUGGAUUCUGCCUUUGGCACUGCCACUCUCUUCUCUUUUGAAAACUUCAUUCUUGAUACAGCUGAUUUCUUUUUGAAUUGUUGUGAUUGUUGUUCACCUCUACUAGGACAGAAAGGAGAACCUGGAGAUAGUGGAAAACCAGGUCCUAAGGGAGAGGCUGGUAAUAUGGGGAUUCCAGGGCCACCAGGAGUCAUUGGGCCCCAAGGUCUAAAAGGCCAGAAAGGAGAAAAGGGACUUAAAGGAGAACGUGGGGAUCAAGGAACAAAUGGGGUUCCCGGAUAUCCAGGGAAACCUGGAGAACAAGGUAGACUUGGUUCUAAGGAAGAUAAAGGAAACACUGGACUGGCGGGAAUGAAAGGACAAAAAGGCUCCAAGGGGGAUGCAUGUGUGAAUGGUACCAAAGGAGAUAAAGGAGAGCGAGGGGCGGAGGGUUCACCAGGCUUAAAUGGAGAGUCUGGGGCCAAGGGUGAGAAGGGGGAGAUAGGGGAAAAGGGCUACUGUGGAGAUUCUGGGGAGAGAGGAGAAAAAGGACAAAAAGGCAAGGAGGGCAUGAAAGGACAAAAAGGUAGCAAAGGAGACAUUGGAAUGGAAGGCAAAAGUGGCCCAGAUGGCCUGCCUGGGGCCAAAGGUGAGCCAGGGGUUAAAGGAGCAAAGGGGGAACUAGGUCCUCCUGGCCUUCUGGGACCUGCUGGGCCAAAGGGCGAGCUUGGGAGUAAAGGAGUCCGAGGAUCUAUUGGGAAGAAGGGGUCCCGGGGCCUUAAAGGCUCCAAGGGCGAGGUGGCUGGAGUUACUCGGUCGGCUUUCAGUGCCGCUUUAUCAAAGCCCUUCCCUCCUCCCAACAUUCCUAUCAAAUUUGACAAGGUUUUCUAUAAUGACCAAGGAAAUUACAGUCCUGUCACCGGUAAAUUUAGCUGUAGUGUUCCUGGAGCAUAUGUAUUUUCCUACCACAUCACCGUGAGAGGCCGCCCUGCUCGGAUCAGCCUGGUGGCCCAGAAUAAGAAGCAGUUCAAGUCCAGAGAAACUCUUUAUGGUCAAGAAAUAGAUCAAGUCUCUCUCCUCGUCAUCCUGAAAUUAAGUGCAGGGGACCAAGUCUGGCUGGAAGUUUCAAAAGACUGGAAUGGGGUGUAUGUCAGUCCUGAGGAUGACAGCAUUUUUACUGGGUUCCUUUUGUACCCAGAGGAGCGUCCUGGGAUUUAA